GUGGUGGAUCUCUCGUCCACAACCGAGGUGAAGCCCACCAGGUUCGCAAGCGCGGACCACGGCAGCUUCCUGGGCAUGUCCAGCCGGGAGAAGGGCAUGGCCGUGGAGGCGGCCGACCACGUCAUAUCUUCGGGAGCCUCGACGACGACGGCCACGAUCUCGAGGGACUACCAGCGCAAGAACUCCACCAUGAGGUUUCGCUGGAUCUACUAUUGUGUGGCGCGUGCGUGCUUCGACGCGAUCGAGUGGAUCAAGUGGGCCUACUCGAGCGCCGAGGAGACCAUCGACACGGUCGAGGGCUUAAAGGGGGAGUGCGAGCACAUCCUGGAGCUGCACGAGCCGGGGGUGCUGGGGCCGCUGUACAUGUCGGUAUGUAUCAUGUUCGUGGUCGGUGGUGGCGCCUACGUUGUGGCAGCAGCUGUCGCCGUGGUCGCCCACGGCGUCCGUCGGCUCGUCGGCUUCCCCGACGCCCCGCGACGAGGGCACCGACGGUGCCGCGCCGUGAUACCCGACGAGGAGGGCGAGCCGAGCGAGUCCGACUUGGCGAAGCAGCUGAGCGUGGUGGCGGACAGGCUCGCGGCGUUGGAGAUCAAGAGCUCACAGCCCCCUCUGCCGCCUCCCGCUGCGCCUCCUCCGACGAGGUCGGCCCCCUCUCCGUCAACGGGCUGUGGCGGGAACCUGGGGGUGGAUUCGGGCGCGAACUGCGACCAGAUGGUGCCCCAGCUGCUCGAGCGACUCGACAGGCGCAAGGAGAUCGUCCAGGCUGGCAGCCAGGCAGCGACAGCACGCACUCCUCCCCGAGCCCAGGAGGUGACGGUCAGGGAUCCCGAAGUCGCGGCGCUGGUGCGAGGUCAGGGCGACUCCUUCAAGGAUAUGCGCGUCAUGGCGAAGGAGAAGUUGGAGGCUGUCAGCCCGACCGUGAGCAGGGCGAUCCCUGGGGGCGUCAAGGCCCGCGUCGCUCCAGCCAUGGUGGCUCGCCUCUACGGGAUCGGGGGCUGGCAGUCGAGGAUCAACUACCGCGUGCUGGAGGAGCUCGACGCGUCCAAGGCCGACCAGGAAGGGGCCCUGAUCGACGGCGUGGAGAAGGAGCUGCGCGAGCAGCUCGCGCAUCGCGCUCUGCUCGCCAAGCCCCUCGGCAAGCUCCACGACCACAAGAGCGCGUCGACGAAGGCCGGGCGCGUCGCUCGUGCGGUGCUGAUCCUGAUCGGCGCCGCCCACCUCACCAACGUGCGCGACAGCGGUCGAGUCAGAGACCCGCUGGAGGUGCUCCCGCUCUUAGCCCUGCCCGAGCCCACCUCGUCGACCUCAGAGCGAUCGAGGUCGCGGGCCGCUCGGGAGAGGGCGGAGCGGGCUCGGGCGAAUGCUGCUCCGAGGUCCUUGACGGCUCCCACCGUUGGCCGCUGCGAUCAGCUUCGAGACGCCGCGUGGGGCAGUGCGACCGACUGGGCGAGAAGCCGCGAGUUGCCGCGGAUGCUCUCGGAGAGGGUGCUGGAGUGCCAUCGGGGGGCCCACGACCUGAAUAUGUACGCUUCCGACGCCGAGUUCGCUUUCGAGCGGCUGGCUUUGCGUGCCAAAGCUGGGGCCUGCGUGGCCUUAGCUGCGUCGGGCGACGACGGGGGGGCGCCGCCGGGUGGCGAGGUGAUGCCCAUCGCGAGCGGCGAGGCGACUCUGCCGCCAGCUGGGGCGGAGCCGUGCGACAUCAAGCCGGUCUCGCCGAAGGCCAGGCGCUAUGUCGACAGGUUCCACGAGAGGAUGGCCCUGCCGCCGAGCCAGGUGGACGAGGCCGACAUCGAGGCCGUGCGCUCCCGCGCCGACCCGGGCUUCCGCCAGCGAGCUGCGCGCUUAGAUUUUGCGGUGCGCCUGUGGGGGGCUUGGAUGCUCGGGUUCACCCGCGAUUGCAAGGUCGAGGUGGCCGUGUUUUUCGUGAUGGGGGGGGCGCGCGAGGACGGGGUCUGCGUGCGGAGGCCCGCGUGGGACAUGAGGCGCGUGAGCAUGCGCUUCAGGUGCCGCAACUGUGCCGAACUGUGGCCCUACAUGGUGUGCGGCGGUGUCUCGAUCGACGAGUUCGUGAAGGAGCUCAGGAGGCGGCGGAUGAAGCUGCCCGGCGCGCCGAGCGGAUGCCGAUAUCUCUGUCUUGUCGUGAUGCUGAUGGGUUUCAGCUGGUCGCCAGCGAUCUGCCGCGGAGCGCUGGAGGAUUUGAUGUGUGACCUGCCUGGUUCUCCUCGUCGCGGCCGGCUGACCCGCGGUCUGAUACCCCCGGGCUUCGCCGAGGUUGCCUUCAUAUAUUGGGUUUUUUUUAUUCGCGACUUCGCCUCGCUGACUCUCGUGCACGAGAGCGAUGAGACGACCGCGGAGACGGUGAAGGAGGCGGCUCGGACGAAGCUGCAGGAGGUGGGCCUGGACAUGCACAAAGAUGGAGUCGGGGAUGCAUUGCCCCUCUCUCUUGGAGAUGCGAUCACCGAGCAGCCGUGCCGAUUCGUGGCUUCCAGGGAGAAAUCCAGAACGUUAUUGGGGCAACUGGAGCUGUCAUGGCUCGGGGCCGAGCGACGUCUCAGGAGUUGUCCCGUAUCGUUGGCUCGUGGGUCUGGCUUGCGAUGUUGUCGACCCGCCUUUUGCCUGCUGGGCGCUUGCUACAAGUUCGCGACGAAGUUCGAGGGCGACCAGACCAGGCGCGAGCUCUGGGAGAGCGCACUGAACGAGCUGCGCAUGCCAUGCCACCUCGCACCCCUGAUGUACACGCACCUGGAGCCCCGCUGGAGCGAGGUCGUGUUCGCGACCGACGCGAGCGAGGCCAGCAUGGGCGCGGUGGAGACCCAGGCGACAAGGAGCGAGGUCAAGGCAGAGGUGGACCGACAGUGGAGACUCCAGCAGCUGCGCGAGAUGGCCGGGGACGAGGAGGAGGAGGAGCUACUGCUGAAAGGCGACGACUGGGAAUGUUCCAAGCGGGGAAUCCCGAACACCAGCGGCGAGUGCGACGUCCCCCCGCAGCCGCUGAUGGCCGACGUCUUCGCGGGCUACGGCGGGUUCGGAGAGGAGAUGCGGAGCGAGUGCCAGUGCGAGACCCUCUUCGUGGACAACGCUCGCAACCCGCGCCGCGACCUCACAGGCCCGUCGUUCGGCGAGCUCACGUGCCGAGCCAUUCUGUUCGGCCUCUUCUUCACGGUGCACAUGGCUCCUCCAUGCUCGUCCUUUUCCAGGGCGCGGAGGCCGGCGAUUCGGGCACCUGGGCGCUGGAUUCGAGGGCUCCCUGGGCUGUCCCCGCCCCGGGUGCAGCGUGUCCGCGAGGGCGGCUCCUUGGCGCGGGCAGCUAUCUCCAUGUGCUUCCCGCGCCUGGCUGCAUGCGUUGGUUUCUCCCUUGAGAACCCCAGUGCCUCGAUGAUCUGGGGGCUGCCCGAGAUGGCGAAGCUGAUGGAGCAAGCGGGCGUCGUUGCGGCGAAGCUGCUGGUCAGACAGGCGAUCGAGGCCAAGCGGUUGGAGCUGCACAGCUGGCGAGUUCAAGAAGUUCGGAGCCCGCCGGAGAAGCCCAGAGCGGUCAUGGACCACUGGGCGAGUUUAUCGAGAUGGCACCUGUCGUGGAAGGGAGAGUGGGCAUACGAGGCCCACGUCAAUGUGCAGGAGAUGAGAUGGACCCCGACCAACAUGAAUCCAGCAGACGGCCCGUCGCGAGGGGAAGGGGUCGGCAGCGCGGAGAUCACGCAGGCGAAGUGCGAGCAGAAGAAGUCCAUCCUGAGCGACCAGUACCGUUUCGAGAGGCUCGUGGGCGACCAGCUGGAGAUCAAGGGCAUGCGCGACGACUGCGCCCAGAGCAAUAAGUUGAUCAAGGAAAGGGCGCGAGCUCCCCCAGCUGGGCAGCGUCGACUCUUCGUGCCUAUGAAGAAGAAGUGGCCCCUGGCGUUCGAGAAUGCCGCGGCGGAGAAGCCCGUCGGCAGGAGCUCGCUAGGACGCGAGCAGCUCGAGCGCCCCUUGAGGCUCUUGAUCCACGCGGUGCAGGGCGACGCGAACAAGGGGUAUCUCAAGGGGGUGGAGCCGUUUCUUCGCGACGUGUUCCACAAGCGCCUGCCCUCCUCGACUCCAGGGCAGCGGGACAUCGCGGUGGCCGCCGAUCUGGGCAACCG